AUGACAAUUGAAUCAAAUCAAUUGACUGAUUCAAGAAAUCAUGCAAUACUUGAUCGAUUUUGUAUGGAAAUAUUACCUCGAAUUCAUGAUAAAGUAGAAUCGCUUACUCUUCAAGCAUGUUUCUUACCAUGUGUCCUUCGUGCUACCAAUUAUCUUCAAUUACGCAAGCUUGUUAUUAUUAAUCUCGAAUUCAGUAUGGCUUGUCACAUUUUCAAUGAGAAGUCUCCAUUUAUUUAUGUUUUAAAACAACAAAUCUCAGAUCUAGUCGUAACGAUUAGUGACGAAAUUCUGGAGGAAUCAAAUAUGAAAUUAUUAACUGAUAUUUAUAAGCGUAUUUUUGGGUUAGUUACAAAUCUCAAAUAUUUGGAUAUAGAUGGCAGUGAUACUUAUGCUUUAUCCCGAUCGUUGUUAACUGGUUUACCAUCUACAACAUGUUGUUCAUCUAGUAUUGUUCAUUUACGUAUCAAAAUGCAGAAUAUUGAUGAUUGUCUUUAUUUACUUGAUGGUCGUCUUAGUCAAUUACAUACAUUGAUUAUCACUCUUUAUUGUAUCCAUGAUCCAGUCCAGAUCAGGUUACGUUCACAAAAGAUUAUACGUCAUUCAUUGAAAAUCAUGAAUAAUAUGACUAAUCCACUUCGACUCAAAUGUUUUUCCAUAUAUGCAUAUCAUAGAACAACUGAAUUUGAUAGUCUAGUGAUACCUCUCCUUCGUCGAAUGAUACAUCUGGAAAAGCUCACCUUAUCUCUCCGUGUUGGUGGGAAAAAUUCCUUCAUUGAUGGUACUUAUUUGAAUAAUUAUAUACUUAGUCAAAUGCCACGUCUACAUACAUUUCACUUCGAUAUUGUUACUGAAUAUGUCAGGAUUAAUGAACAACAACCUAAGCCAACACCUGAUGAUAUUCGACGUACAUUCACCGAAAGAGGACAUCAUGUUGAUUGUUAUAUCGACUAUGAUUUUUAUAAAUUAGGUCGAUGUCAUGUUUAUUCACUUGAAUUGAAUACGGAACGACGAUUUUCACCCAUUCGAACAUAA